CCGUGCUCCACCCUCUCCAUCGCAUUCAUCCAUCCUUUACUGUCCCACGAGUGAAUAACAUCGGAUUUCAGCACCGGGACAGAUCCUCCACACAUACUCCACCGUCUCAGCCAUCAUGGCGACAGAGUUCCACAACCUUCAGGAGCUGCGUCACAGUGCAUCUCUGGCCACCAAGGUCUUUGUCCAGAGAGACUACAAUGACGGCACCAUCUGCAAAUUCCAGACCAAGUUCCCAGCAGAGCUGGACAGCAGGAUUGAGAGGAGCCUUUUCGAGGAAACUGUGAAGACACUCAACAGCUAUUAUGCAGAAGCUGAAAAGAUUGGUGGCCAGUCCUGCUUGGAAGGCUGCCUGGCUUGUGCUACAGCCUACUUCAUCUUCCUGUGCAUGGAGACACGCUAUGAAAAGGUACUGAAAAAGAUCGGCAUGUAUAUCCAGGAACAGAACGAGAAGAUCUAUACACCUAGAGGUUUGCUCCUCACCGACCCCAUCGAGCGGGGCAUGAGAGUGAUCGAGAUCUCAAUCUUUGAAGACAGUGGCUCCAGCAACUCAAGCUCCAGCGGAAGUUCUCCAUCCAGUGCCACAGCUCAAUGACUGGAGGAGCAGCACCAGGGUUACGGGUACAGAGUGGCCAGUACGCUCCCCAAAAUCCGCAUGUUGAAACAUGAGAGCACCAGAUUUUAACAAAAGAGAGUAAGAGUGGAUGUACUGUUCACUCGCUCUCUUCCAAACAACAAAUGCAAAGCCAGGAGCUUUAACUCACACACUACCCAUUCCCUCCUCUCAUUUCCUUUAUUUCAGCCUCCUCUGCAUUUCCAUUAGUGACAGAAAAAUCUCUGCGCAGAGUUCAUCAGACGCCCUCAUUGCUGAAAUAAUAAGGGUUAGCAGAUGGGUAUGAUGGACAGAGUGCAGACUUAACUGCAAAUUUACUUUACUGGAAAAACCCAGUGAGCUGCCUACUGCCU